GCGUUCCUGACUCCUAAUAGGCUGCCUCGCUACCUGCUGUCCUCUCCUGAGGCGGAGCUAGGGGCGGAGCUAGGGGAUAUCAGUCAAAAACUGUUCUCCACGCCCGCCCACCAAACCGCCGCCCACAGAUACGGAGGAGCAUUCCUCUGAGUGUGUAUCCAGGCAGCGAGCUGUCUGAUGAGCAGAAGGUGUACUCGGAGUGUAAUCAGACAGGACCUCGGUCCUUCCAGGACUGUCUCCCAGCAGCCAGGAUGAAGCUGUGUCGGAAGGUCGGAGAGGGGGCCUUCGGAGAGGUUUUCAGCACCACCAACUCCUCGGGAGACGCUGUCGCUCUCAAGAUUAUCCCAGUAGAAGGCUGUGACCGGGUGAACGGAGAGGAACAGAAAACCUUUGGAGAAAUCCUCCAUGAGAUUAUCAUCUCCAAGGAGCUGAGCAGUCUAAAGGAGAAGAAGCACAACCAGACCACUGGCUUCAUCGGACUGAAAGAUCUCCACUGUGUCCAGGGCUGCUAUCCUCCAGGUCUGCUAAAAGCCUGGGACUCCUUCAAAACACAGAGAGGAUCAGAGAAUGACCGACCAGAUUUCUUCAGUGAGGAGCAGCUGUUUCUCAUCCUGGAGUUUGAGUUUGGAGGCAGUGACCUGGAGAACAGUAAUGGACAGCUGGCGUCGGUGAUGGUAGCCCAGAGUAUCCUCCACCAGGUGACUGCUGCUCUGGCUGUGGCUGAACAGGAGCUCUGCUUCGAACACAGGGACCUCCACUGGGGUAAUGUGUUGGUCCAGUCCACUAAGGAGAAGGAGGCGAGUUUCCUCCUCGACGGGACAAACCAUUCCUUAGAGACCAGGGGGGUGAGCGUACGCAUCAUCGACUACUCCCUGUCCAGGCUCGAGAUCGAUGGUCUCACCGUGUCCUGUGAUAUCUCAGCGGAUGAGGAGCUGUUCCAGGGACGUGGAGACUACCAGUUCGACAUCUACAGACUCAUGAGACAGGAGAACGGUAACGUGUGGGGUGACUACCAGCCCCACUCCAAUGUGUUAUGGCUCCACUACCUGAGCUCCAAGCUGCUGACGAUGACCUAUAAGGGCCGAGGGUGGCGGGGCGUCAAGCAGGCCAGGCUGGACCUGCAGCGUUUCCACGACAAUGUCCUCGCCUUCCGAUCUGCCUCUGACGUACUGUACAACUGUGGCCUGUUCCAAUGAGGAAGAGUGUGUACUGCCACAUAUUGUUGUUGUUAGCUUGGUUAGCAGGAUGCUAGCUUGGUUAGCGGGAUGCUGGCUUGGUUAGCAGUAUGUUUGCAGGAUGAUAGCUUGGUUAGCAGGAUGCUAGCUUGGUUAGCGGGAUGCUGGCUUGGUUAGCAGGAUGCUGGCUUGGUUAGCAGGAUGCUGGCUUGGUUAGCGGGAUGCUGGCUUGGUUAGCGGGAUGCUAGCUUGGUUAGCGGGAUGCUAGCUUGGUUAGCCCUAGCAGUAGGCUAUAGUACUGUGUAGCAUCCAGUCGUAACCUUUUUUUAGAGGUGAAAUUUUCUUUUGUACAUAUUUAUAAACCCACAAGACUGUAAUGGCUUUGUAUUCUUAAAUU